GAAUGGUUAGGAUAAAACAUCUAUUUAUUGAGCAGUAAUCACGUAAUUAUUGUUCUAUAACAUACAUUGAAAAGGAAAGAAAUCAGGUAUCGAGGAAAAAUGGUUCCCAAGGUAAUACAAAUUUAAUUAACCCUCACCCUUUUAUCACUCCCAAGGAUCUUUCAAUAACCCAUCUAUGAAAACCCUCCCCCGACGUAACCCCUCCCCACGACGGAAUCAUCACCCUUCCGGCCUCCGUUACGAUUCCUCAACGACCAUCGGCGGCCCAUCCCAUCCGUCGGCCAUCCUCCGGCUUCACGCCAUAGUCUAUGUUUUCGAUCAUCGACGCGAAGGGAUCGAAAGGGAAGACGACGACCCUCCUCACUUUCCAGGCGAAGAUGACGACCCUCCUACCUUUCCUGCGUUGGCCCUCCUCCCCUUUCAGGCGAAGACGGAGAAAAAGAAUCUGAGUCAGAGCAGUGAGUUCCUCGAGAAGUUGUGGAGUCAGAGCAGUGAGUUCCUCGAGAAGUUGUGGAGCGGAGUCGGAUGCACGCUAAGAAAGACAAAUCGCACGGAGCAGGGAGUAGAGCACGUUCCGGACUACAAGCGAGAGCAAUUAGGGAGCUUGCAAAAUGGAGCAAUGACAAUGAAGAUAUUUAUGGUCUAGCAACUCUUAAUGUCGAGUUUCAAUGAAAGCUGAAGAGGCUUUAGGUGGAAAAAAUAUAUUGUAUUCAUUUGGUUAAUCAAAUUGAUGAAGAAUUUAAUGGAUGCAUAUUUUGGGAACUUUAAUGGUAUUUGGUGCUCUAUUUUCACUUUAGUAGUAUCCUUCCCCAAAUUCUUAUAGUUUAGUGGC